GACAACCGUAACACGUCCCAACCGUAACACGUCCCACAGUGGUUGUUUAGCUUUAGGUAAGACAGCUAACUUAUAUGGCUAAAGAAGUAGAUGAAAACGCUUUAGACUCUCUUUCAGAAAUCGAAAAAUAUUAUACAAUUUUUGAUGGAGCGUCAGAAGAAGAUGUGGCAUAUGCAAAGGUUUUCUGGAACUCUCUCUCCUUACAGCCACCAAUAGAGCCUCGUCUCGUUUCUGCUGAUGUAAGGCAACGAUUGAAAGUCGCCAAAGCUCCUGGCUCAACAAAUGCACCCUUUAAACUGGCUUCUUGGCCAGAGACAGAUGAUUUUCAACAAAAUGCUUACUUGAAGCAAAAGCAAGAGGAAAAGCAGAAAUACAUGGAGAUGGCCAAGAAACGAGACCAGAUUAUUGACCUACUGAGACGGCAAAGGAACGAGAGAAUCAAGAAGGAGAUGAUUUCUCUCCAACACAAGCCAAGAAAAAAUAACCCAGCAGAAAGACAUGCUCCAAAGACCCUUUCAUCAUCUGCGGAUGAAGACCAGAAAGAAGUUCAAAACCUCCAGUAAUAUUAAAGAUCAUUUGUAAGCAGUCCAACAAAAUGUUAUAAUUACUAAUGAGACUGGCCUACAAUCCAAGUGGAUUAAAUAAAUAAAAACGUUAUUAAA